CCCGCUUCAUCACCCCCUGGGACCUAUAGCUGGCAGGACGGAGCGCGCUGCGGACCCCUCCCCGCCUCCGUGCAGCCCACUGUUCGUGCAGAGCUCUUGUGCACGGGGAGGAGGUACAUCUGGUAGCAACGAGGUUUGCUCAGCCUGCCACGGCAGCACGAUAAGAUGAUUCGGAGAUUUGCCUUGUCCGUUUUCCUGAUGGCAGCGCUGGUCCAAGUGACAGACACCAGGAAAAACCGUCCCGCAGGCGCCAUUCCCUCCCCUUACAAAGACAGCAGCAGCAACCACUCGGAGCGGAGGCAGCAGCUGAACAAGGAGGUGCUGGCCUCCAGCCAGGAGGCCCUCGUGGUCACCGAGAGGAAGUACCUCAAGAGCGACUGGUGCAAGACGCAGCCCCUGCGGCAGACUGUCAGCGAGGAGGGCUGCGUCAGCCGCACCAUCAUCAACCGCUUCUGCUAUGGGCAGUGCAACUCCUUCUACAUCCCGCGGCACGUGAAGAAGGAGGAGGAGUCCUUCCAGUCCUGUGCUUUCUGCAAGCCGCACAAGGUCACCUCUUCGACCGUGCAGCUGGAGUGCCCUGAGCUGGACCCACCUUUCCGACUCAAGAAAAUUCAGAAGGUCAAGCAGUGCCGGUGCAUGUCUGUGAAUCUUAACAGCUCAGGCAAACUGUGAGAGUGGGCAAGGAGCUACGGCUUGGUGUUGCCCCCAUCAGAUUUACUGCUGCGUCUCCUCUCCCACUGAGCAGACUGUCCAUUUUGCUGGUUUGUUUCUUCGUUUCUUUUCUUUUUUUUUUUUUUUUUUUUUUUUUUUUUUGGUGUGUGUUUUGUUUUCUUUCAGGAGGCAUCUCUCCAGCAAGGAAAGGUUCCUUGUCGUUUGCCUGCUGGAAUAACGCUUUGUAAUGGGCUGUGUUAGGCACUUCACCAUAAAGUUUCAUUUUAUUUCCAAUACCGUCUGGCGGUUGAGUCUUAUGGAGUGGAGCAGGCUCCCAGAAGUUGGGAUUGAUCAUCUUAAGCGACCAGUUGGCUGAAUCCAGCAUUAAAUGUUUCCACUGUGUGGAGUAAAGCCCUCUGCCCUACACUCCAGUCCCCUCCACAAGAUGAGAACGCCUCCCCCGUGCUUGGGGCCGGAGCGUGCUGCUCCCACCUGGAAGUGCUGUGGUGCUGCCCAGGACCGGGGGGCGCAGAUGGGGGAGAGGAACGAGGAGUAAUGUGCGAAAAGCAAGUGAGGCUCUCCGAUGAGGCUCAUCUCCUUAAGACAACUUCAAUUGUGCAAUGACAGAUGGUUCGGGGCUUGUUGUCUGAAUGGCUGAUAAGAAACGAGGGGAAGAGGGCGAGGCGCUGGGUCAGCCGCCGCGACCACAGAGCAGACGGAGGGUGGGUUCUGGUGCUGUUGUGGUUAGAGUAUAUUGAACACGUGGUCUCUGCAGCAGUGUUUAUUUUGUAACCUAGCUAUAGUAAACAGCUGUUUAAAGUAUUAUAGACCUAGCCAUGUAUAUUUUUCUUGUGGAAGAAUAUGCCAGAGAUUAAAAUAAUGUUGAGUAAGAGACUCGGUUGCUAGGUCAGCUGCCUGGCUUAAAAUGGACAUGGUUUAACUAGGCUUUUGGUAGGUUUUUGUGUGUUAGAUACAUGUGUGUUUCUUACUCCAAAAAAGGACAACAUCCAUCUGUGACCUUGUAUUGAUGCCUGCUCAGACCGGGGAAGGUGGGAGGGUAGUGGGAGAGGAGCUGAGAACACUUAAGGGAGCUAUGUUUCCCUUAAGGUAUAAAAGCACUGUCGCGCAAAGGACAAAAUUUGGUCAUCGCUGGACUGAAUACAAAAGCUACAUCAGUGUCAUCAGGUUUUGGGAGUGGUGUCUCUCCCAUGAUUGGAAACCAUGUUACUGUGUUAGUGUUAAAGGACAAACCCAUCAGUCAGUACUGCUGGAAUGGGUCACAGCUGUAGGGAGCAGGGAGAGAGUAACUUGUAAUUGCUACAGUACUGGUGGUCCACUCAGUUUUUGAGUCCUACAUAAUCAGCGUUGGUGAAUGCAUGCAGUUCAUUUGAAAUCAUACUAUGUUGUUAUUCAGUUGAUGGAGUUUAGCAUGUCCUGUAUAUCCCAUUUGUUACAGUUCUGAUCCGUAUUAGUCCCAGCUGCAUUAAAAUCCUGUGCCUCAAAACAAACCAGCCCCUUCCCCCAAACCAAAAGCCCGUGCGUGCUCAAUUGUCUGAAGCUUACAAAUUAAGAAUGACACGCCGACUCCCUGA